CGAGCGCAUGUCAUCUGCUUGAUUGCCACGACGAUGGAGGUGGCGGCUUCUCAUUGGACGGAAAACAGCAGCUUUUCAAACCCUCUCACGUCGGCGGAGUUCGUCACGGUCCGCGCCGUGGUCCCGCCGUACAUCAUGGCCGUGUCCAUGUUGGGCCUCGCCUUGAACGCUUUCGUCCUGUGCGUGUUCCUGGCUCACAAGGAUCGCCUGAGCGUGGCCGAGGUCUACCUGGGCAACCUGGCUCUGGCCGACCUGGCGGUCCUGUGCGGCCUCCCCUUCUGGGCCGCCAACAUCCUCAACGGCUACGACUGGCGCUACGGCGACGCCCUGUGCAAGAUGGUCAACGGCGUCAUGACGGUCAACCUCUACACCAGCGUCUACACUUUGGUCAUGAUCAGCGUGGACCGCUACAUGGCAAUCGUGAUGACCAUGCGGGCGAGGCGGCUGCGGCGGACGCGGCACGCCAAGGUCGUCUGCGCGCUCCUCUGGAUUUUGGGGCUCUCGCUCAGCACGCCCACCAUCCUGCACAGGAAGGUGAUGUACUUUGAAGAGUUCCAGAUGACAUUCUGCCUGCUGGACUACAGCCACGGCAGCGCGUGGAAGUUAGCCAACCAGAUCCUGCUGAACGUCGCCGGCUUCGCCGUCCCGGCUCUGGUGAUCGUCUUCAGUAGCGGGGCGAUCAUCGCGGCUUUGAGACGGAGGAAGGAGAGCGUCGGGGAUCAGGACGUGAAUGACGCCAAGGCCUCAGCGCUGUUGUACGCCGUCACUCUGCUCUUCAUCCUGUGCUGGGGGCCCUACCAGGUCUUCACCUUCCUCGAUACGCUCUGCGACGUCCGCGUGCUGGACGCCGCCACGUGGUCCCGCGCUCUGGACGUCGGGGGCCAGGUCUCGGCCUACCUGGGCGUCCUCAACAGCGCCCUCAACCCAGUGCUCUACGUCAUAUCCGGACAAUAUUUCAGAAAGAAAGUUUGCGCCGUUUAUCGCACGGCUCGACGAAAUCGCAGAGGGUCGGACGUGACCACCAAUCAGCGCUCUGUCGUCUCCACUUACGUUCACAGACCUGAGCAAAUUAAGCCUGUUGUCAUAUAGAGAGAUUAUGAUCUAUAUUCUGUAUAUGCUCUGUGAAUAUAAACUGUAUAUAAAAUGGGAUACAAUAUAUAAUAUAGCGUAAUAUGGUAUGAUGUAUCAUAAGUACAGAUCCAUUGUGGUCUGUAAGUUGCAUAUGUAAAUUAAAACAUUGAUCUGUAGUAUUAUUUUACAUGUCCGUCCAUUCUCUUUGCCGCUUAUCCUCACGAGGCCGAACCAAUCACAGGGCCAAACAGUCAAACUCACAAUCACACCUAGGGGCAAUUUAGAAUGUCCAAUUAAUGUUGCAUGUUUUUGGGAUGUGGGAGGAAAACGGAGUGCCCGGAAGCAACCCACGUAGGCACCUGGACAAAACGUGCAAACUGCACACAAGUGGGUCCGGGAUUGAACCCGGUACCUCAGAACUGUGAGGGAAACGCUUUACCAGCUGACCUACUGUGCCUCUGUGAUCCAUGGUACUAUUACGUACA